AUGCUUGUUUGUUUUUUUUUUGUUCAUACAUGUUUUUUAAUCUACGACGUAAAUAAAAAGUAAUUACAAAUAACAUAUGACACAUAUCCCUCACUGCCAGUUUGACAGUGUCUCAUAUGUAAUCUGAGUAAAUUAAAAAUUCUUAAUUGUCAAAAGGAUUUACACAGUUUAAUUAAAAUAGUCUUUAAAAAUUUCGCCAAUUAUUAAGUCAAUUUAUUGACCCGGCUACCGGCAAUUUUGUGACGUAAUUAACAACAAUAGAUUCACCAAACUGAAACAAUGGUUGAUGAACGUUUAGAUGUUGUGAUAUUUGGAGCAAGUGGAUUUACUGGAAAAUACACUGUCAAAGAAGCUGCUCGACUAUGUAAAUUAAAAUCAUUCACCUGGGGAAUUGCAGGACGUAACAAGGAACGUUUGGAAUCAGUUUUAAAAGAGUUUGCCCCAGAUUCUGAAAAUGUACCAAUUAUUUUGGCUGAUGUCAGGGACGAUGAAUCCUUGAAAAAAAUGGCAGAUAAAUGCAAGGUAGUUGUUAAUUGUUGUGGACCAUAUCGAUUGUAUGGUGAGGCUGUUGUGAAAGCUUGUAUUUUAGCAAAAACACAUCAUGUUGAUGUUAGUGGAGAGCCCCAGUUUAUGGAAAGAAUGCAAUUGGAGCAUGAUAAAUCAGCAAAAGAAGCUGGUGUUUACAUCAUUUCAGCAUGUGGCUUUGAUAGUAUACCAUGUGAUCUUGGUAUAAUAUUUACACAACAAAAAUUCAACGGUGAAAUAAAUAGUAUUGAGACAUAUUUAAAUUCAUGGCAGACAAAUAAUGUUAAAAGUGCUGGACUACAUUAUGGUACUUGGGAAUCAGCUGUUUAUGGUCUAGCUUAUGCUCAUGAGCUACGAGGAUUACGAACAAAGUUAUAUCCAAAAAAAUUACCAUCUUUCGAGCCGAAAUUAAAAUUCAAAGGUUUUCUUCAUCAAAGUUCAAUAUCUGAGGGCUACUCAAUUCCAUUUCCUGGAUCUGAUCGCUCGGUUGCUAAUAGAACACAACGUUAUCUUUAUGAACAUGAAAAUAAACGUCCAGCACAAGUUCAAACAUAUUUUACGCUGAAAUCACUGGUUGCUGUUAUUGGUAUUGCUUGUGUUGGAGCUGUAUUUUCACUCAUGACAAAAUGUCAAUGCGGUAGAAAUCUUCUACUCAAGUAUCCAAGAUUUUUUUCUGCUGGUGCUGCUAGUCAUGAAGGACCAAAACCUGAAGCAAUGGAAGCUACGUAUAUUUCAUUAACUCUGAGAGCUCUUGGAUGGAGUGAAAAAUCAUUAGAGCCAACUGAUCAACACAAGGAACCACCAAAUAAAGAAAUGAUAACAAAAGUUACAGGUCGUAAUCCAGGAUAUGGACUCACCUGUACUUGCUUGAUGAUAGCUGGCUUGACUGUCCUCAGAGAAGCUGAUAAAAUGCCUGACAAUGGUGGAGUUUUGCCACCUGGUGCAGCAUUUGCAAAGACUUCAAUGAUUGAUGAGUUGAUUAAAAACGAUGUUAAAUUUGAGGUAGUCUCGUCAAUUGAUAAGUAAAGGUAACAACACAAACAGCAUUUAUUCCAAUUUGAUGUUCAACAAGUCAUAUUUUUUUAUUAUACCAACAACUAAUAUAUUAACAAAUACCAAAAUAAUGAUCUAAUCAAAGUUUUUAUAAUUCUAAAAUUAACUUAACAUAAAAACAAAGAAGCUCGACCAAUUAACUGCACAUCCUAUAUUUCAAUUUAUAAACUUAUCUAAUAUUUUAAAUACUUUUCUACGCAUCUACAGUUUUUCAAUUACUACGUGUAAUU